AUGUCUCUUUUUCUGCUGUUUGCUGCAGCAGCAGCAACAACAACAACAGCUGCAGCAGCAACAAUGACAGCAGCAGCAGCAGCAGCAGCAGCAGCAGCAGCAACAGCAGCAGCAGCAGCAGCAGCAGCAGAAUUUGGGGGUCAAAGCACCGUCGCUAUCCAUCCGUCUGUGUUUGCUUCCUCUUCUUCUCCGUUUGCUUCUGGUUUGUCUGCUAGUAAUUUAAAUUCUGCUGCUGAGCUGCGCAUGCAGCAGCAGCAGCAGCAGCAGCAGGACGGGGGGUUGCUUGAGCUGCAGCAGGAGGUGCAGCAACAGCAGCAACGGCGUAGGUUGCUGCAGCAGCAGCAGCAGCAGCAGAAAGGCCUAUUGUUUCAAAUAGGUAAGACAGUGCAUGCAGAGAAGAAGAAGAAGAAGAAGAAGAAGAAGAGAGAGGAGCAGCAGCAGCAGCAGCACCAGCACCAGCAGCAGCAGCGGCAGCAGCAGCAGCACCAGCAGCAGCACCAGCACCAGCAGCAGCAGCAGAACCAGCACCAGCGGCAGCAGCAGGAGCAGCACCAGCAGCAGCAGCAAGAAGAAGAGGACAAGAACCUAUGCCCACAGCAGCAGAAGCAACAGCAGCAGCAGCAGCAACUCUAG